GCCCGACAACGCAUUCCCGGCCGCAUCGCGUCUCUCGAUGCCAGUCUAUCGUCAGUACGCGAUUGGCAGCAGGCUGGUGACCAAGAUGCCCGUCGUCAAGAGCAUUGACCUCAUGGAACCGACAGAGGAACAAGCAGUGGGCGUGCUGCAGGCGGUGGGCGUGGACAAGUCGUUGGAGUGUUUCGAGGCCAUUUGCGUGACGGAUGUGGGCGAGGGCGGGCUGGCGUGGGGGGACAUGGCGGACCAACUGCCGGCCAUCAAACGGCUGGAUCUUCGUGUAGAAGGUGAGCUGCCAACAAUCGGCAGCUCUCGCACGCCAGCCCAUUGGAUGUUAUGUAUGCCUGUCUGUGCGCAGUGCCUGAGGAUUUGGGUGAUGGCGAUGCCGCCGGCGAGUUCGGCAUUGCCUGCGUCAAGUCGCUGCUCAAAAUCCGAGGCAUCGAGGAGAUCCACUUCGGGCUGUCGGGGCCUGGAGGAGAUAGCUUUUUGCGGCUGGUGCAGGAGCGGACACAAGGCAACACCAUCGCGGGGCUGGAGGGGCGGUACGACAUCGACUUGAGACUCCAGCGGCUCACUCUGAAACGGCUUGACACUUGACGAAAGACAACAGGUGCGUGCGGUUUGGCUACCUUGGAUAUGGGCGCGGUUCUCCAUUGCGGGUGAUGUGUGUUGGGCUGCAUUGUUGUUUGCCCGCCAGGUCGCCCGGCCCAUGCCAGCUGUAGAAUGGUGGAGAGGGAGGGGGAGGGAUUUUGGGGUGCCGCGAUGAAGGGAUGCUCUCGUGGCGUGUUUCGU